CGACGAAUGCUUUCUACCGUCGAGGUAUUGUAAAAAUUAUAUACUUUACAUAUUAUCCAUGAAAAACUAAAGGAAGUGACAUAAACGGAACGUUUGAAAAGUAUCCGCCUACGAAGAUGGCAUGAACGGAUCUUGACGUCAUCAAGCGGAGGAAAAAUGUCGGAGAGUGAGUUGAAUGUUGAUAGCAUUAUUUCGAGAUUGUUGGAAGGAGGAUACAAAAUUUUCAUACGACGAAUGCUUUCUACCGUCGAGGUAUUGUAAAAAUUAUAUACUUUACAUAUUAUCCAUGAAAAACUAAAGGAAGUGACAUAAACGGAACGUUUGAAAAGUAUCCGCCUACGAAGAUGGCAUGAACGGAUCUUGACGUCAUCAAGCGGAGGAAAAAUGUCGGAGAGUGAGUUGAAUGUUGAUAGCAUUAUUUCGAGAUUGUUGGAAGUUCGUGGUUGUAGACCUGGUAAAACUGUACAGCUAACAGAAGCUGAAGUUAGAGGAUUAUGCUUGAAAUCAAGAGAAAUAUUCCUUAGCCAACCAAUUUUACUUGAAUUAGAGGCACCGCUUAAAAUAUGUGGAGAUAUUCAUGGACAGUAUACAGAUUUACUUCGACUUUUCGAAUAUGGUGGUUUCCCUCCUGAAGCUAAUUACUUGUUCCUAGGAGAUUAUGUUGACAGAGGCAAACAAUCCUUAGAGACAAUUUGUCUUUUGUUAGCUUACAAGAUAAAGUAUCCUGAAAACUUUUUUCUGCUACGUGGUAAUCAUGAAUGUGCUAGCAUCAAUAGAAUCUAUGGUUUUUAUGAUGAAUGUAAACGACGCUACAACAUCAAGCUUUGGAAAACAUUUACUGAUUGUUUUAACUGUUUGCCUAUUGCAGCUAUCAUAGAUGAAAAAAUAUUUUGUUGUCAUGGAGGUCUCUCUCCUGAUCUUCAGUCCAUGGAACAAAUUCGCCGUAUUAUGAGACCAACAGAUGUUCCUGAUACAGGAUUAUUAUGUGAUUUACUAUGGUCAGAUCCAGAUAAAGAUGUUCAGGGAUGGGGUGAGAAUGAUCGUGGUGUAUCUUUUACAUUUGGAGCUGACGUAGUCAGUAAAUUUUUAAAUCGUCAUGAUCUUGAUUUGAUUUGUAGAGCUCAUCAGGUUGUGGAAGAUGGAUAUGAAUUUUUUGCCAAAAGACAAUUGGUUACACUUUUUUCUGCUCCUAAUUAUUGUGGAGAAUUUGAUAAUGCAGGAGGAAUGAUGUCAGUUGAUGAAACAUUAAUGUGUUCCUUCCAGAUUUUGAAACCUUCUGAAAAGAAGGCAAAAUAUCAGUAUGGAGGAUUAAAUUCUGGUCGUCCUGUCACACCUCCACGUGGUCCAGUAAAGAAGAAAUAAAACUUCUAGCAGACAAAUUCAUCUGCAUGUCUUGUCCUUGCCAUCCUCCCACCAAGUUGUAUAACUUCUUGCCUGUUCCAACAAAAUUUAGCACAUGGUCCAUAGAAAAAGCAACAGUUUAUCAGAGGUUUUUUUCUGUCAUAAACAUUCUACCAAAUAUGUUUUACUAUGGAUAGAAGUCUAUGUGUAGUACUUUAUUUGUAAAUGUAAGUUGAUGUCACAAACAUGUUAUCCAUCUGCAUAUGAUGAUAAACUUCAAAAGACUGGUGUAGAUUUAUAUUUGGAAUUUUUCUCUUAAAUUUUUUAUAGUUAAUUUAUUUAACAAAGAUCAUUAAAGUUUUUAAAUUCUUAAUUCUAUUAAUAUUUUGAGUUUAGAGUCUGAUAGUGAUUUAACAUACUGUUAAUUGAAAUGAAUAGUAAUUUUUUUAAAAGUAACAUUUAUUUAUAUUAUUGUUGGCUAUUUAAUUCAAAAUAUUUGUUUUUAAAAAUCUUACAUUGAAUGCUAAAAUGAAGACAUUUAAUUAAUAUCAUUUAAUUGAAGUUUGAAAAAUGUAUAUUAAAAUUAUAGAAUUUUUUUUAAACUGCUCAAUAGUAAAUUUUAAGAAUUUUCAUAAUCAUCAUAAAUCAGCCAUUGGUUCUUGAAUUUGAUAUAUGAUGAUUUUAAAAAGUAAAAUGAAUGACAGAAGAAAGCACUUUGAAUUAUUUUCAAGUUUCAGAGAAGUUUAAUCAGGAAACAUUUUCAUUGGGGACUUGGAAAAACAUCCAUAUGAACAAUGUGUGUCUUUCAUUUACAUUUCUCAUUCAUUUGUACCAUCCAUAUUGCUGCAUUAGAUGCUUUGGAACAGUGUUCAAAUGUAAGUACUUGUAUGAAGCAUUAGAUAAUUUUCUUGGAACAAUAAAUGUUUGAAUUGAAA